UGCCUUUCUCAUAAAAAAAAUGGUACGCAAAGGUCCUUUCAAAGCGAGUUUGAUGGAAACAAAGUCUCGUACCUCCACAGCCGAAUUUCAUCAGAGCCUGUCUCUGGUGAGCGUCUCUCGAGAUGUUGUCGGAUCAUCAUCACCCACUGCCGCCCCUCUGGUGUCGUCCUACAACGACAAGAUCCGGCCACUCCUCGACGCCGUGGACCGCCUCCGCAACCUGAAAAUCAUGCAGGAGGGCAUCCAGCUCCCCACCAUCGUCGUCGUCGGCGACCAGUCCUCCGGCAAGUCCAGCGUCCUCGAGUCCCUCGCCGGCAUCCGCCUCCCCCGAGGCGACGGCAUCUGCACCCGCGUCCCCCUAAUCAUGAGCUUGAAAAAUCACACAAGCCCCGAGCCUCAGCUCUUCCUAGAAUUCAACGGCAAAACCGUUGAAACAGAUGAAGAAAAUAUCGUCAAUGAGAUAAACUUUGCAACUGAAGAGAUUGCCGGAAAAGGGAAGGGCAUCUCCAACACCCCAUUGACGCUCGUAGUCAAGAAGAAAGGCGUCCCCGAUCUCACCAUGAUCGAUCUCCCCGGGAUAACUAGGGUCCCGGUGAAAGGCCAGCCGGAGGAUAUCUCUGAACAGAUCUCCAACAUCAUCAUGAAUUACAUAACGCCGGAUGAGAGUAUCAUUUUAAAUGUGCUAUCAGCCGGCGUCGAUUUCCCGACGUGCGAAUCGAUCAAGAUGUCGCAGAGCGUGGACAAGACGGGGCAGAGGACCCUCGCCGUCGUGACAAAAGCUGAUAAAAAUCCGGAGGGGCUGCUGGAGAAGAUCGUGGCAGACGACGUCAACAUCGGCCUUGGAUACGUCUGCGUCAUCAACCGCGUCGGCGACGAGUCCUACGAAGAAGCCCGGGAUAAAGAGGAGAGGAUGUUUCAAACAAAUCCCAUGCUUGCCAGAAUUGACAAGUCAAUUGUUGGAAUUCCGGCUUUGGCUGCACGGCUGACAUCGAUUCAGGCCAACAUUAUCGUCAAAUGCUUGCCUGACAUAGUGCGCAAAAUCAACGAGAAGCUCUCUGGCAAUGUGGAGGAACUGAACAAAAUGCCUAAGCACAUGAGCUCAGUAGGUGAGGCGAUGACGGCGUUCAUGAACACUCUAGGUUGUGCGAGGGAAUCCCUGAGGAAGGUUCUGUUGCGGGGAGAGUUUGAUGAGUAUCCUGCUGAUGAUGAUAUGCACGCUACCGCUCGAUUAGCGGAGAUGAUGAAUAAGUUCUCGGAGGAGCUCCGGUCUGCGAAAACCGACGACGGGAGUGAGAAUUUUCUGGUUGAUGAAAUGAAAGUGUUGGAGGAAAGCCGGUCAGUGGGGUUGCCGAAUUUCAUCCCUAAAUCGGCUUUCCGAAGUUUGUUGGCGAAGAAGGUGAAGGGGGUGUCGGGUACGCCGUUUGAUUGUGCGGAGAGUAUGUGGAGUUAUAUACAGAAUGUAGUUGUCGUAGUUCUGGUGCAGCACUAUGACAACUACAAGCAGCUGAUAUGCUGCACGAGGCGGGCCGUGCAGAAUCUGAUAUGGAGGAAGAAGCAGUAUUCGGAGGAGUACAUAUGCGAUCUGGUGGAGAUGGAGAAGCUAUCGGAUUACACAUGCAAUGAUGAGUACACGGCCUUGUGGAACAAGCUGAUGGAGGAGCAGGCCAGGUUUAUGGAGAGGAUUCGCGACAAGUGUAAGGAGGCGAAGGUGAGCAGGUUCGGGGAUGUUAAUGUUGAGCAUCUCUGGAAUGAGAAUGAGGAGGUGGUUCAGGCAGCGUAUGAUCUGAAGAUGAGGAUGGUGUCGUACUGGGAGGUGGUGACGCGGAGAAUGGUUGAUAAUGUGGUGUUGCACUUGCUGUUUAGUAUACAGAAGCUUGUGAAUAAGGAGAUGGAGAAGGAGAUAAUCGAUGAGGUGAUGGGGCCGCAAGGGAAUGGGCUCAAAAGGAUGUUGGAGGAGGCGCCGUCACUGUCGGAGAAGAGGAGCAAGUUGCAUAGCAGCAUUGCCUUGCUCAAGCAGAGUAAGGAUAUUGUGGCAACCAUGAUGGAUAACAUUUCUGCCCAACUUCACUAG